UAUGGAGUUAUGCCAUUUGUAGCUCCUGAAGUAUUAAGAGGAAAGCCCUAUACUCAAGCAGCAGAUGUAUACAGUUUUGGUAUGAUUAUGUAUUAUAUUGCAACUGGAAGACAACCUUUUGCCAAUUGUGCUCAUGAUAGUGUUUUAGCAUUAAAAAUAUGUAAUAAAAUAAGACCUGAAAUAAAUGAACAAGAAGCGCCAAAAUUUUAUAUUGAUUUAAUGAAAAAUUGUUGGGAUCCUCCCUGAGGAUGAUUAUGAUGAUGAUGGUGAUGAAAUUAAAAAGCAAAUUAAAGAAGCAGAAGAAUAUAGAAAAACACAUUUUUUAUUUACUGGAAAUAGUCAAUCAAUUCAUCCACAAGCUUGUUAUACUUCUCGAUUACUCAAUC